ACGUGGUGCUAAUCCACACGGUCUCCCCAUCUCCGCUAGAAAUUGAUCCCAAACACCAAUACCUUAUCAAGCCGACCCCUCCCCGACAUCCAAAAUGCCCAGGCCACCAUCCGAAAGCCGGUCUCUUAUACAAAGCGGUUUCCCACCUCCGACUCCUCCCCGCGGCGCACAAUCCAACUAACCCAUAGACCCCAGUAGUGCCCACCACCCAGAGGGUCCACAAUCUAGAGAAGCAGCUACAAGCCCUGGUACUCUCAUGCCUCGAACCAACCCCCAACUCCAGCUGACCCUCCCUCUGCAAUACCAGAUCAAGAACACCACGAGUACCCGCCGGAGAGCGGACCUGGCCGCACAAAGCCAGGCGCCAGACCAGAGGGGCCCUCGGGGACGCCCUCCGCCCCAGGGCCGUCCCCGCCCAGCCCCGCGCUGUCCUGCGCUCUUCCCGCUCCUCCCAGGGUGGCAGGCGCUCCAGCUCUUCCAGCAAGCUGCCCUCGCAGCUCCGCGCUACUCGUCCGCCUCGGGUCCAUCCCGAGAGGCCGCUCGAGUUGGCGCUGAAGCCCCAGGGGAAGCCUCGAGGGGACCCCGCACCGUAGGAGGGAGGGCAGGAGCCUGCGAACCGCGCUGCGGGGCGGAGGGAGCCGGGGCCCCGCACAGCCCGAGCGCUCUCCAGCGGUUCGUGUUGCUUCCCCGGCUUCUUCAGCGGCUCCUGCAGCUUCCGCACCUCCGGGGCCGCGUUCACUUGGGAGUUAGCGUCCUCCAUCCCGGCCCCGCUGUCUCCGCCGCUCACACCAGCCGAAGCGCCCGCGUACGGCAGGGCCAGGCCCGCCGCCAGGGUCCCCCCAUCCCGGGUUCCGUAGCGCCGCUGGCCCCAGAAAAGUCGGCUCAACCGCGCGGGUCCGGGGUUGGGGGAGGCGGCGCCAAAAUCCGGCCCCUGCCGCCAUCUUCCCUCCGUCCCGCCACCUCCCGCGGGGCGGCCCCGUUGGUGGCCUCAGAGUCGAGGGUGGGUGUGGCGGCCGGCGGGCGCCGAGACAAACCAGCAGCGAGCUCCCGACGAGGCGGGGCCAGCUGUGUGAGGGGGCGGGGCCUAGGCCGGAAGGGGCGUAUGUGCACUGCCGGCGGAAGUGAGACGCCGCCGGGCCUGCGACGGAAAGCCGCUGAGGGCCGGGAGGUGAGCGGCAGGUGAGCGGCAGGUGAGCGGCAGGUGAGCGGCAGGUGAGCGGCAGGUGAGCGGCAGGUGAGCGGCGAGCUGGGCCGAGGUGGCGGACGCGGUCCCAGUUCACCCCGCCGGUUGGUCUCGAUGUGUGAGGUGUUCUCCACCCACUUACACGGCGAGUGGGACCCACGGAUCGGUCCCGCCUGGCUCCGGGCCAGAUCUCGAGUGGGCGCUCGACAGGGUCCGGGGAGAGACAGUUUACUUUGCUGAGCAAAUAUUUAUUCGAUGGCUGCUUUUAAUUGGAGAUCGUCUCCGCUGGCGGCAGCCUCAGAGACCGCCUGUGUCCUGUUUCUUCCUCUGAAAGGUGAAGGGGCAGCUUGGAGUUAUGAUUAGGCCAAGACAUGAUCUAAUUGAAGUUUUAAAAAUAUCGCUGUGGCUGCUAUGUGUAGAAGAAAUUAUAGCAGAUAAAGGAUGGAACCAUGAAGUCUACCAGGAGGCUACCCACAGAGUCAAGUGAGAGAGAAGGUGGCCUAGAUGCCCAGGGGAUUACAGCAUUUCAAAGGGGCAGCCGGGAGGAUGUCUGAUGGGCGGAUGUGGACUGUGAGAGGCAGGAGUCCAGGCUGACUCCCAGGGUAGAGAACUGGCCCUUGGAGAGCUUGACGGGGCCUCAGGAGGGGUGCUUUCUCUCAGUCCUGUGUCAGCAUCAUGCAUUUCUGCCUGACUUGAGGGUCAUUUAUUUUUCACUAAAUGAUUUUAAAAUCUCAAGUAAAAAUUCAAAAGAAAUAGAAGAAUUUGGCCCCCGAAUUUACUUAAUCAAAGGACAUAUAUGAAUCCUUAAGAUGGUGUUACCUCACUGCUAGAUCUUUAUACCUUUCGGAAAUGCCUUUGAAAAAGUGAACGCUUAAUCAUCUCCAUGUCUCUGUGUACCCAUUUAUUUGGCCUCAAAUUGACCAGGCUAUUAUUUAGAGUAACAGGAUAACAAAGAAAAAAAAAACCCUCUUGGCCUAACUGUAUGACCCAAGGUUUAAAAUUGUGGUUACUUGGAAAGCACCAACUCUGACUGUACAUCUACUUUCAGAAGAGCUAAGAAUUACAUAUUUAAACUUCCUGGAAUUUCCCACAUAACCCUCAUGGUUGCAUAGUAUUUGAUAGUUUGCAAAGCACUUUAUUACAAAACGUGUUUUAUAAUCAUUUAGAUUUCCUUUAAAGGUAGGUAAUACUGUUUUCAUUAAAUAUUAUAGAUAUAAUAAGUUAUCAUACAUCCUAUCAUAUUAUUACAUACAUUAUAUAAGGAAUCUGAGUCUCAAUGUACCUCAGUAACUUACCCAAGGUUAUACCUCUAGUAUAUCCUUGAGUAAGUAUAUCCAGAGUUCAAAUCUCCAGUUCCAGUGUUGCUUCAUUGAAUCAUUUCAUCAGCAAAUAUUUGUUGUCACCUUCUAUGCGAUAGGUCCUAUGUAUGAGGUAUACAGUGAUGCAUUUAGUAGACAUGAUUUCUCCCAGGUGGAGCUGAGAGCCAAGCAUUCUUUCUAUUCCCCCCGCAUAUACAGAGGAGAAUGCCUCACUGAAGAGGGAGAAAGAGCCACCUGGUUCAAAAGGAAGGGUGAUCUCAAGGGAAGACAGGAGUUUCGCCUCAAGACCAUUGUAAUGUUUUUUUGUUUGUUUGUUUGUUUUUAAGGUGGGGUUUCACCAUGAUGGCCAGGCUGGUCUUGAACUCCUGACCUCAGGUGAUCCACCCACCUCGGCCCCUCAAAGUGCUAGGAUUACAGGCGUGAGCCACCGCAUGCGGCCCUAAUGGUUUUUAAGAGCCAUCCUUUCCUCAUGAAUGCAGAAGGUAGCCAAAUGGCACUAGCUUCCCUAUCAGAUCUUGUGAGAGCCCAUCCUUUCUCAGCCCUUCAAAUUAGUAGAGGGGACAGGAGGAAAUCACGGUAAAUGUGGAAGAAAAGAAAAAGAAAGAUGA